CUUCAUUAUUAUAGUAUUAUUAGUGUUGUCCAUUCACUGUUGAAAUUUAACGUAAAGUCGAACAAAGUUAUAAUUGCGGUGUAUGAUUUUCAAUUCACUUUUGUGUUAAAAUAAAAAUACCGUAUUAUCAUCAUAAUACAUACUUCCUUGACAUUUGAAGCCAUUCAACAAAAACACCAUCAUGAGAUACGUAAGAAAGACAGUUUAAAUCACACUGUAGUAUAAUAUGUACCCCGGCGUAAUUAAUUGCAGUAGUUUAUAUAAAAAAAUUGUUUUAGCUAGUUGGCGAAUACUUGAUACUUUUAGGCCGGCGUCAUACUUUCGGAAAUUCCGCAAAACACGUACAUGAUACACUUGCGUUUUUUCUACCUAGGAAUUCUACAAUAAUAAUAUAGUUUAAGGAGUGAUUUUGUUAUGGCAACUUCAUUACUACCGUCUAACAUAGACUAUUGACGGGAAAAUAACGUUAUCCAACAUUAUUAUAAUUCAUUUUUCACCUAACACGGACGUGUUGAACUAUUUGAAUGACAAUUUUAACUUUAAUACAAAUCGUGGUUUAAAUCACUCAAAGCAGGGAUUUGAUUGGACGGGUGUUAUUAAAAAUUCUACAACAAUAAUCGACAUCGUGCUGGUAGCUGUGGUUUUGCUGUGUUUGCCGUGGUGUUAAUUGACGAACGCAUCGUGCGUCAAUUUAUUGCGUGCAUAAUGUUUAUAUUUAUUUAAAUCAAACACUUUCUUUCCCAUUUUUUACAGACUUAGGUUAAGUUUAUUGUUAUACGCAUACUCAAUGAUGGACUCUAACUAGUUAGACAAUUAACAGGUUAACUGUAACGUGUAGUAUUUAUGGUACAUUGAAGUAUUGCCAAGCAAUGCAUACUAUUCAUUACAAUGUUUGUCCAUUACGCGAAACCAAAAUAAUCUUAAUCGUUGAAAAAUGACGAUUUAAUAACGAUUAAACCGUUGAACAAUUUUAAAUUUGUUUCGAUAUUUUUACUAAAACAUUACUAGGAGGCCACAUAAACAUCUCUCAUAGGAAAAUCGCAUUAUAAGUACCUUCUAUCAGGGCAUUCAUGCGUGGAUGCUGGAACUACUACCAUGUUCCGUCUAUUAGUCUAAGGUUUAUGUGUAAUACACAGUUUAAAUCAUUUAAAAUUUCGAACAAAAUAACACCUUACCAUUUAUACCUACAUACGUGAUUAACUGACGUACACCUGUUUGUCAACUGGCAAAAGUAUAUCUUACUUAAAUAUAGAGGGGAAAAUAGAUUUUUGUUUUUUUUUUCAGAUAUCGUGGAAAUGUUUAAACACAUUAUUUUAUAGUAUUUACAAUAUUUUCAAAACGUUAAUCUUAUUCCUUCUACCGUCGAGCAAAUCGACUAUUGAUUUUUAAACAAGAUUUUAAAAGUGAUAAUCUUUCUAAACAUUUUGAAAUUCAUACCAUUAAUAUUGGAUACGUACACUACCGUUUAUAAGUCAUAGAAGUUUAACAUAAUUUUUAUCGGAGGAUGUUUAGAAAUGCCGGAAGCGUAAUUAUGAAUAAUAAAUUAUACAUUUAUACGAUAGGUAUAAUUAAAUUCGUUUAUUACGUUAAAUUUAUUUUUAUCUAGAUAGCUGAAAAACAUUUUGAAAUCCAUACCAUUAAUAUUGGAUACGUACAUUACCGUUUAUAAGUAUCUAGCUACCUAUUGUAUCUUUGUUUGGUUAUUUUGAAAUGUAUCUUUAUACAACACUGGAUAAUUGUAAUUAUUUACUAUUACGACGUUAGUACCUGUUUAUCUAGGUAUAGGCCUUAAUUUUAUCAAAUAGUAAUAAAACGCAUAAUUUUUCAUUGUCAUUGGUCAUGUUCAAUAAUAUAGUUUUUGUUGUUUAUACAGCUAAACUAAAUUAUUUAUAGAUAAACUUGUUUAAAAAAGUCUCGGUUUACUCUGUUUAAUCAAAUCUAACUUAAGUUUAAAUUACUGGCAUUUGGUGUUAUUUGUGUUAAAUAAAAAUCAAAUAUAUAUAAUAUAACCAAAUCUAAGUAAAAUAUACAUAUAUAAAUAUAUAUCAAAUACGUACCAGGAAAUAAUAAAAUUAAUUGCUCACUUUUCAUAGGGAAUUUCUAAAAAAUGAAUUUGCGUAUAUUUUCUUCAGCACGAUUAAAAUUCCACAUUGAAUACAACCUUUGUUAGAUUUUAGAUUCUGAGUGGAGCGAAGAAGCUCAUGGUUUUACAAAGAUGUAUAUUUUUUUUUUAUCUGUGGACACCUUUUCUAACAGAGAACUUGUUCCGAUUUUUAUGUGUAGUACUUUUUCUGAAAGGAAAUUUCACUGGGGAGGUAUUUUGAGGAGGUCAUUUUUCGAUAUUCUCAAAAAACGGGAAAGUCGGUACAUCAAAUAAAUAUUAUUAAUGAGAGUAUAUAAUGACUAUUUAAUUGUUUUACCAUAGUAUGUAAUAUAUAUAUUGUUGAAAAAGCAGUACUAUCAACUGAACUCCGCUCAAAAUCGUUUUUUCGUUAGCCAUGGUUUACCGUUGUUAACAGUAUGUGUUCCUUAUGCCCUUUUAACACGGCCCUGCAUAAAAUAUACCUAACCUUUUAUUACUAUACGUAUAAUAUUCUGAGCAUAGGGAGAAAUGCAUGUGUGUUUUAUUGGUUUUACUAUGAUCUGCGUUUUCUAUAUUAACGUUAAAAUAUAACUAAUCAAUACAAACCGGAGUAUAGAAGUAGCUUAAGCUAUCGAUUUUCCCCGAUUAGACUGAAAAUCAAUGGGGACCGUCUUUAGAGCCUAACUAAUCGUUUAGCGAAAACUAGUAAACUAUACAUUCUGAAAUUCGCCACCGUAUGAGAGAUGGGACGCAUGUGAACAGACAGCAGACAAAUACAAAUUCAUAAAGUAGCUAAUGUUACUUAUAAUGUUUUUCAUUUGACUACAACGCAUGUACUGAUGCACAUUUUUAUGAACCACAUCAAAUACUGGUACAACCUUUUUUGUGUUUCACUUGCUUGCACUUUGCCAGUUUUACGCACUCAUUGAUAAUCGCACGAGUUUCUAACGACACGCGACGGUAUGUUUUAUUAUUAAUUGAUAUAAACCCAUUGAUUAUAAUAACAUUAUGUACCAUCAAUUGUCUCGAAAAACGUGUACCUAUAGAAUUGUCAUUACUAGUUAUUAAUUAUGGACAAACUAAAUAUUUUGCAAAUAACAAUAAUUUUGAAAAGUUAUUAUUCGUAUAUUUUAUUUUUAUGGAAUAUAUAAUUAUUAACUUCGAAACUCAUUGAACUAAACAUGAACGUGCGUUUUUACCGAAUUGGCGAAAAUCGUAAUAAUAACGCUAUAAUAUAAUAAAAUCAUUGCCAUGGCCAAUAUUACGUGUGUUUUAUCUGCUCUUACAUUAGUUUGCAUAAGUGAGAUUAUCAAUGAACUAUUCGAGUGUACUACACUUGAAAAUCGGAGUUAGAUUUCUGGUAGAAAAGUUGUUCACAGAUAAAAAAUAGAAAAAAUACUGCGCUCAGAAUCUAACAGUUUGUUGCAUAGAUAUUUGUAUAAACUAAUAAAUAUCAGAUUCAAUGGUCAAUAGGUAACGGGCGGUAGAAUCAAAAAUAUAGUUUUGCAAUAUUUCUGCGGGUCCCCAAAUUCGAUAAUCGAUAAUACGGUUUAAUCUGCGCGAAAUAUUACAAUUAUUAUUUGUACAAAUUGAGGAUUCCUUAUUAUGCAUAUUCUGGAAUUGACGAAAAUGAUGGUAAAUCGCUUAUGACACCAGUGAACAAUAAUAUGUAGAUUGCUUACGACACCGUUACCAUUGUCUCAACACCCGCCCUCUAUAUAAUAUUAACACUGUAUUACAUUAAAUUAUCGCAUUAACAUUAUACACGUUUAUGAAUCGUGUUAGGGGAAAUAAAAACAGAAUAUAUUAAUACGGAAUAUAUUAAUCGGCAUUUUAUUGUGCGUGGGGGGUUCUUAGAGAUUGAUAUAUACGUUGCUGGUAACGGCUCAGGAACUUCUGUUCGGCAAGAAACUUUUCUUCGACUGGCAGUUAGGCGACAAUUGGGCACUGAAAAGCAUGGAGAUCCUAGAAAAAGAACUCGCGGAAGCCAAAAAGAACGGCGGUGGCGAUGGCACGGACGAAAAGCCCAAAUACGUGUACCGACGACAAAUCGUCUGGUUCAACGCCAUCGGGUUUCUCAUACUUCACUUGGCCUCUAUUUACGGUCUGUACUUAUUUCUGACAUCGACGAUGAUCUUCACCAUGUUAUGGAGUAAGUGAUUACAACGAUAAAGUGUAUACUCGAAAUUAUGCAGGAAUUGCUGUAUGAAAAAUUGCAGCUAAAAAACUGUUAAAAAUACCAUUUUUAUUUUUAAAUUCUGGGUUUAGAGAGGAAUGUAUUAGUUUUACUAUGAUGUGUGCUUAAUUUUUUCUAACUAUUUCUUUUUUGUCUUUAUAAACACAUCUUUUCCAUCAGAAAUCUUCUUUUAAAAUUCAAGAGUAGCAUAUUUUCUGUGCGGACAUUUUGUUUAGUUUGUGUGUAAGAAAAUAGAAUUUUGAUUUUCCGUGUAAUUUUCUUAAUAACCGAGAUAAACUUUUCGAGCAAAAACAGGAAAAUUUACAGCUUAAACGGUUUCUUUAUAUUCGUUAUUGCAAUCGUGUUAUAAAUUGUAGACACGCUAUUUUCAUAGAAUUUUAUUAGUUUUUUUUGAAUUAUAAUUGAUUUAUUUUUAGCACUUGACAUUUUCGAGUUUUUAGUUUUUAUUUGGUAGGAGCACUGUGAAUUAAAUUGUUUGGCUGAACAGAACAUUAAUUGAAAAUGUAUUAAAAGGUAGUAAAUUGUACUUAGUGAUAAAAGAAAAGUUGAGCAUAACUAAAGAUUUUUUUUUAUCAGUGUCUAAGUUUGAAUUUUGACGAAAAUCAUACAGACUACUGCAGCAUUUCAAAACAAGUUUAACCGAACUUCGCUUUGAAUCGUUUAUCGUUAGCAAUGGUUUAUCUUCGAUCCAAAAUACAACUAAAAAGGUCUAUUGACAUUUUUUGAUUGAAGAGAUGUUGUUGACUGUCAGAAAAAAAUAGAAACAAAUAUAAAAACUUUCAUCAUUGUAAAACCAAAGCUUCACUUCUCCUAGAAUCUAAAUUAAACUUAUAACCAAUCCUUUGUCGUUGAUAAAAUGCAUCGUGUUUUUGAAUACAUCACAUAUUUUUUUUUUAUUGCAAAAAAUAUUAUGCAAUUUUAUCGAAAAUAUCGCAUAUCGUGUAAUUUGAUUUUGAUUUAUUUAAAUUAUAUAAAAUACAAAAUUUUCGUGAAAUUUUAGCAUUUAUCGUGGCAGGAUUCAGCGCAUUUUCCGUCACAAUGGGCGCGCAUAGAUUGUAUACUCACAGGUCAUUUAAAUGUAACAAUUGGGUAAAAGCUUCUUUGGUUUUCGGACAAACCGUCGCGGGACAGGUGAGCAAAAAUAAAAAAUUGAUAAUAAAUAAUACGAUAUUUUGUUCUAUAAUUCCAGACCGUCCGAUAUCUGUUAGACGAUUUCGUAUUUUUAAUUUUUUUAAAAACAAUGUCGAUUACGCGUGUUAUUUUGACGGUUUUUUUUUUUUUUUACGUCUUUUUGUCCUCUCACAGAACUGUCUGUAUGUUUGGGUCAGAGACCACCGUCAACAUCACAAGUAUAGUGACACGAACGCCGACCCGCACAACGCGACCCGGGGGUUUUUCUUCUCUCACGUCGGAUGGCUGAUGGUGCGCAAACAUCCGGAGGUCAUCGAAAAGGGCCAAAAAAUCGACAUGUCCGACCUGGAAAUGGACCCGUUUGUCAUGUUUCAAAAGAAGUGAGCCGUUAAAUAACCGCCUAGAAAUCCGCGUAUACCCGAAUAAUUUUACCCAACAGUUACCUAAUAAUUUCCAAUAAUACUGUAACGUUGUCGUUUAUAGAUACUACAAAAUUUUGUUUACGGUUUUGGCAAUGUUGAUGCCGAUGCUCGUACCGCACGUGUUCUGGGGAGAGACUCUUUGGAACGGGUUUUUCGUGUGUUUCCUGUUACGGUUAACGGCCUCGCUGAACUUGACCUGGCUAGUGAACAGCGCCGCGCAUUUGUACGGCAACAAACCGUUUACCGAGUAAGUACUUCACCGGUUUCCCGCGCGCGCCUUGCCGAUAAGUCUCCACAAUCGGUAAUAAGAUAAUUGGUGUAUAACGACGGGGGCCUACCUAUAUUACCUAAUGCAUUUUAUGCCGCUGUGAAUAAAUGCAACUAAACGACAUCGAAAGUGGCGGGACGAAGGCGGUUAAAGCGGUUGUGUGGAUAUACUCGCAGGGUAGAAAUGCCCGUGGGUAGAGAUAUUAAGACGGGUUUCGGGCGACCUCGAAACGGCGAGAUUGUCAAAGAGACGAAUGAGUCCAGAUAUAUUUGUGGUAAUGAAGAGUGUUAAUUGGGAGAAAUACGAGCACAUCUGUGCGUUAUGCGAAAAUAUAGCGAUCGAUAGGGAGACGUGGAUGGCUAAAAUAAGGGCAGGAGAGACAUAAUCGAGUCUUCUGCUAAAAUGAAAUACCUAAUCAAACGGGGUUAACUAAAACGAAGCGUUCAAACGUUGCUCGAUGGGAAGUUGCAAAUCAUUUGACGUUUUCGCGUGUUUCCGACCAUUCCGUCCGCGCAUUUCCUUUGUUUAAGUAUAGAUCGCUGUAAGUGUCGUAUACAAUAACAACGGCAUUCCCGCGACGAAAUUGCCGCGAGUUAAAAGUCAUGUCUCGUUUCGCAGUGACAUAAUGCCCGUGGAGAACGUGUACGUGUCGAUGUUCGGGCUGGGCGAGGGUUGGCACAACUACCACCAUUCGUUCCCGUGGGACUACAGGGCCGCCGAGUUCGGCCAGUACUUCAACCUGACGACGAUCCUGAUCGACUUCUCCGAGGAGAUGGGCUGGGUGUGGGACAAAAAGUACGCGACGCCCGCCAUGGUCCGGAGCCGGGCCACGAAGCGCGGGGACGGCACGCACGUCAAGUACGGCCAGCAGAAGACGGUGGCCGACGACGGCGACAUGCCGGAAGACGACACGUACGACGAGCUGUUCUGGUUGGAGGAGCGGGCCAAGAGCGACCGCUCGGUGGCUCAAAAGGGCUGAGCCGGCAGCGGCACGGCGGUCUGCCGGACCAUAUUUUUUAUUUAUCACCGGACUCUCGCCGCGUUUGUGUAAAACAAUAAGCGCGGUAUACGCGGCGAAACGGGGCUCUCUAACUUUUAGGUAAUUGUGUUCGUUUUAAUUUAUUAUUUACUCGCGUUGGCCGCGUAUAGGCGUGUGUUUUAAAACGCGUAAUAUUUUUUAUUGUAAAUAAUAUCAUACCGUAAUUAAUUGGAACGUUCGGGCGUCGACGUUUUACGUUUAAUGUAUCCUUAUUGUGUGAACCAUACAUUAUAACAUAUAUAAUUUAUCCUAGACGUGUUACGCAUUGUAAUUGUU